CUGGCAUAUGAUACAUACUUGCUUAAAUAUAAGGGAGGAUGAUCGUGAUUUUAAAAACUUUAUUAGAACAGAUAAAGCGUCUCAGUGGAAACCCAAACUCUACUACAUCUAGAACAUAUAAUUUUUAUGUUUCUGUACUUCUCUCCUGCAUUUUAAGGUACUCUGGGUCUCUAGAUUGAUCAGGAAACUUUACAUGGCAUCACCCAGCAAUGACUCCACUGCCCCAGUCUCUGAAUUCCUCCUCAUCUGCUUCCCCAACUUCCAGAAUUGGCAGCACUGGCUGUCCCUGCCCCUUAGCCUCCUCUUCCUCUUGGCCAUGGGGGCCAACGCCACCCUCCUGAUCACCAUCCGGCUGGAGGCCUCUCUCCACCAGCCCCUGUACUACCUGCUUAGCCUCCUCUCCCUGCUGGACAUCGUGCUCUGCCUCACCGUCAUCCCCAAGGUCCUGGCCAUCUUCUGGUUUGAUCUCAGGUCAAUCAGCUUCCCUGCCUGCUUCCUCCAGAUGUUCAUCAUGAACAGUUUUCUGACCAUGGAGUCCUGCACGUUCAUGGUCAUGGCCUAUGACCGUUAUGUGGCCAUCUGCCAUCCAUUGAGAUACCCAUCUAUCAUCACUGACAAGUUUGUGGCUAGAGCUGUGGUCUUUGUUAUAGCCCGAAAUGCCUUUGUUUCUCUUCCUGUUCCCAUGCUUUCUGCACGGCUCAGAUACUGUGCAGGAAACACAAUCAAGAACUGCAUCUGCACUAACCUGUCUGUGUCCAAACUCUCUUGUGAUGACAUCACUUUCAAUCAGCUCUACCAGUUUGUGGCAGGCUGGACCUUGUUGGGCUCUGACCUUAUCCUUAUUUUUAUCUCCUAUUCUUUUAUACUGAAAGUUGUGCUAAGGAUCAAGGCAGAGGGUGCUGUGGCCAAGGCCUUGAGCACGUGUGGUUCCCACUUCAUCCUCAUCCUCUUCUUCAGCACAGUGCUGCUGGUUCUGGUCAUCACGAACCUGGCCAGGAAGAGAAUUCCUCCUGACGUCCCCAUCCUGCUCAACAUCCUGCACCACCUCAUUCCCCCAGCUCUGAACCCCAUUGUUUAUGGUGUGAGAACCAAGGAGAUCAAGCAGGGAAUCCAGAACCUGCUGAGGAGGUUUGUAGGAGUAGGAAGGAUGAGAUCCACUUUUGGAGUUGUUAAUGAAAAAUAGAAAAAUAGGGAAUUAUUUUUAUGCUGGAAAGAAAAUUUCACUUUUAAAUCCUGGCCUGAGUUCUGAUUCUUCUUUUCCCAAUAUCUCAGUUAACAAUGAACACAUUCAUUUGUGGAUCUUUGUUUUCUGUUGCUUGAAAGGAA